UCACUAAAGGCCAUGGAUGAAAAUGAAACCAACCAGUCCCUGGUGACUAGCAACCAAUAUCCUAAAGAAGCAGUGAGAAAACGCCAAAAUUCAGCCCGGAAUUCUGUAGGAAGUGAUUCUUCUAGGUUUUCCAGGAAAAGCUUCAAACUGGAUUAUAGACUAGAGGAAGAUGUAACCAAAUCAAAGAGAGGAAAAGAUGGGAGAUUUGUUAAUCCUUGGCCAACAUGGAAAAAUCCCUCCAUUCCAAAUGUUCUUAAAUGGCUGGUAAUGGAGAAAGAUCACAGCAGCAUUCCACGUUCUAAAGAGGAACUUGACAAAGAACUCCCAGUGCUAAAGCCAUAUUUCGUCUCUGAUCCUGAAGAAGCUGGAGUGCGGGAAGCUGGCUUAAGGGUCACGUGGCUGGGACAUGCAACGGUGAUGGUGGAAAUGGAUGAGCUCAUAUUUCUAACAGAUCCCAUCUUUAGCUCUCGCGCUUCACCAUCCCAGUAUAUGGGUCCAAAGCGAUUUCGGCAGCCCCCAUGCACAAUAAGCGAACUCCCCCGGAUAGAUGCGGUCCUUAUCAGUCACAACCACUAUGACCAUCUGGACUAUGGUUCUGUCAUUGCUUUGAAUGAGCGAUUUGGUAACGAGUUGAGAUGGUUUGUGCCUUUGGGUCUCCUCGACUGGAUGCAAAAGUGUGGCUGUGAGAAUGUGAUUGAGCUGGACUGGUGGGAGGAGAAUUGUGUCCCUGGACAUGAUAAGGUCACCUUUGUCUUUACACCUUCACAGCACUGGUGUAAAAGGACUCUAAUGGAUGACAACAAGGUUCUGUGGGGCAGCUGGUCUGUCUUGGGGCCUUGGAAUCGAUUUUUUUUUGCAGGAGAUACUGGAUAUUGCACUGCAUUUGAAGAGAUAGGAAAAAGAUUUGGACCCUUUGACCUUGCAGCUAUUCCUAUUGGAGCUUAUGAACCAAGAUGGUUUAUGAAAUACCAACAUGUAGACCCAGAAGAAGCUGUAAGGAUUCACAUUGAUGUCCAAACAAAGAAAUCUGUAGCAAUUCAUUGGGGAACAUUUGCCUUGGCAUAUGAGCAUUACUUAGAGCCUCCAGUGAAACUGAGUGAAGCUUUAGAAAGAUACGGACUUAAGACUGAAGAUUUUUUUGUUUUGAAGCAUGGAGAGUCAAGAUACCUAAAUACAGAUGAUGAAAACUUUGAAUAAAUGUGAACACAGGUGCUUUUAGUGAAAAAGGCAUCAUUUGAUAUAAAUUUGAAAAUGAAAAGACU